AUGGGAAUGGGGAUGGGGAUGGGGAUGGGGAUGGGAUGGGGAUGGGAAUGGGGAUGGGGAUGGGAUGGGGAUGGGAAUGGGGAUGGGAUGGGGAUGGGAAUGGGGAUGGGAUGGGGAUGGGAAUGGGAAUGGGGAUGGGGAUGGGGAUGGGGAUGGGGAUGGGAUGGGGAUGAGGAUGGGGAUGGGAAUGGGAAUGGGAUGGGGAUGGGGAUGGGGAUGGGGAUGGGGAUGGGGAUGGGGAUGGGGAUGGGAAUGGGGAUGGGGAUGGGAAUGGGAUGGGAAUGGGAAUGGGGAUGGGGAUGGGGAUGGGAAUGGGGAUGGGGAUGGGGAUGGGGAUGGGGAUGGGAAUGGGAAUGGGAAUGGGGAUGGGGAUGGGAAUGGGAAUGGGGAUGGGGAUGGGGAUGGGAAUGGGAAUGGGAAUGGGGAUGGGGAUGGGAAUGGGGAUGGGGAUGGGGAUCGGGAUGGGGAUGGGGAUGGGGAUGGGGAUGGGAUGGGGAUGGGGAUGGGGAUGGGAAUGGGGAUGGGGAUGGGAAUGGGAAUAGGGAUGGGGAUGGGGAUGGGGAUGGGGAUGGGAAUGGGGAUGGGGAUGGGGAUGGGAAUGGGGAUGGGGAUGGGGAUGGGAAUGGGAAUAGGGAUGGGAAUGGGGAUGGGGAUGGGAAUGGGAAUGGGGAUGGGGAUGGGGAUGGGAAUGGGGAUGGGGAUGGGGAUGGGGAUGGGAAUGGGGAUGGGGAUGGGGAUGGGAAUGGGAAUGGGGAUGGGGAUGGGAAUGGGGAUGGGGAUGGGGAUGGGAAUGGGAAUAGGGAUGGGAAUGGGGAUGGGGAUGGGGAUGGGAAUGGGGAUGGGGAUGGGGAUGGGGAUAGGAAUGGGAAUGGGGAUGGGGAUGGGAAUGGGGAUGGGGAUGGGGAUGGGAAUGGGAAUGGGGAUGGGGAUGGGGAUGGGAAUGGGGAUGGGGAUGGGGAUGGGGAUGGGAAUGGGAAUGGGGAUGGGGAUGGGGAUGGGGAUGGGGAUGGGAAUGGGAAUGGGGAUGGGGAUGGGGAUGGGAUGGGGAUGAGGAUGGGGAUGGGAAUGGGAAUGGGGAUGGGGAUGGGGAUGGGGAUGGGGAUGGGAAUGGGGAUGGGAAUGGGGAUGGGGAUGGGGAUGGGGAUGGGGAUGGGAAUGGGAAUGGGGAUGGGGAUGGGGAUGGGGAUGGAGAUGGGAAUGGGAAUGGGAAUGGGGAUGGGGAUGGGGAUGCGAAUGGGAAUGGGGAUGGGAAUGGGGAUGGGGAUGGGGAUGGGGAUGGGGAUGGGAUGGGGAUGA